AUGUCUGCGUCUGGUCAAGUUUUGCACGAACGUGCCCGAUCGUUAUUAGCGUUAAUAGAUGGUCUACAAAUUGAAAAUGAUUUAGCAAGUUCUCGACGAACAUUAGAAGAAUGGCGAACGGAAAUGUUUUCGUUGAUAAAUAACAUACAUUUAAGUACAACGAAUAAACUCGAUUCGUUAACAGGUCGUUUGAACCAAUUGAAACAACGGCAUUCAGCUGUAUUAACCCAAGAUAUUAUACCUAAUCUGAGUAAAACGGUUGUCGAACGACGGAAGAGUUUAUCUGAUCAAGAAUAUAACGAUUUGAAGGCAAAAAUAACAAAAAUUGAUACGCAUUUACAAGUUUUCGGACGAUUGUUAACGAAAAUAACAAAUGACGAGAAAAAACUAACUGAACAAGUUGAUAUACUUAAAAAUAUUCAACGUGAAAACACCGAAUUAUCUCAACUCGAUAAGAUCUCCACACCCUCACGUCGAUUUCUUCUCCAUUCAAGUCAUUCACCUUACGUAGCUGUGUCCGACAAUAAUCAAAUAUUAAUCGAAGAUGAUGAUCAUUUAGUUUUCUUCGACGAGGAACGUCGAGUCAAUGAAAUUCCAUGGCAAAAGCAAAACGAUGAUGCAUUUAUUGGUUCAAUCAAAGAUAUAGUUUAUUCGAACUAUCUCGAACAGUUUUGUGUCCUAUCAUCAGUGAGUUUCUUUACGAUUGAUCCACGUAUGUCAACAUUAGAUCGCAGUGAACAAAUCAAACCUAGCACAGGUAGUCAUUUUCAAUCAAUAGCUUGUCUUCCCAAUGCAUCUGAUGCAUUUUUCGCUCUGACAACAUCCGGUUCCCGUACAAAUAUCGAACGUUGGUCAUUCCUAUCCGGUUCAUUAGUGAAACGAUGGUAUCACGACAUAUUCGAAUCAGAUGAUCGACUUGUUUCAUGUAUACGUGCUAAUGAUACAUGUUUAGCUAUUUGUAUAAAACAACAAAGAACUGAACGACAUUCUCAUCAAACCAACGAACAUUGGCGUGUGGAUGUCUUUGAUUUUACACUUGUACGAAUGUAUCGAGGUAUUAACUUGAAAUCCGGUGGAUUAGGAAUGUACAUAACACCGUUCGACGAUCGUUCGUGGUUAGUGAUCAAUGGAAAUGACGUCUGGCUACUCGGAGAACAAGGCGAGUGUGUCGAAGAAAGGCACAUACAUAAUCGAGAACAAGUACACAAUAUUAUUGUUCGAGAUGAAGAUAUUCAUGGACAGAGACAGUUUAUUGUCAAAAUGGGACAGCCUGCAGAAUUGCGUGUAAUUUACAACCAUUCACGUCUCUAUUGUAUAUUAGUUCAUACACAUUCAUCUCACGAACGAUUUAUUCAAUUGAGCAAUUUAACGUGGGGAAAGAAUUGUUAUAAAAUUGGUGUAGCAAGAUUUCGAAAAGUACAAAAAUCUGAUGACGAUUUCGAUAUUCCACAACUAUCGUAUUAUGUUAAUUUAUGGACACGUGUUCUGAUAGCAAUUCGAAAUUCGGUUAGUUCCUAUGACUUCAUAUCGAAUAAUGAUAUAUUGCUGAUCGUACCUGCACCGACAUUUGUCUUUCGAGAAAAGCUAUCAAUAUUACUCAAUAGUUCAUCAUACGAUGCACAAUAUCCAUUUAUUGUCGUUCAUGAACAACACGAAGGCAAUGCUUAUGUGCUCAACGGCCAAGCGCUAAAUCUCGUACGGCAUACAGAACUGAUGGAUCAAUGUUUACGUCAUUUACAUCCAACUGCCCGCGAACGACAUUUAUGGAAAUGUGUUCAAGAUGCCUUGCAUGAAAAAUAUCUCAAUAAUCAAUGUAAAAAUGAUCAGUGUUAUGUUCAAUAUCACGAAUAUCAUAUCACAUUAGCACAUAUCAAGAAUGGAUAUUGUUACGGUGACUACCUUCAUACAUGUCGAUCCAUAGCUCUGCUUUAUCCGACGAGUCUUGGUGAUUUCAUAACUUUAGAGUUUUUUCGAUAUAGACUGAAAGCAAAAUCAUCACAAGAUUUAUUAUGA